CGUCCGGCGCCUCGGGCUGACCCGCGCGCCCUUCGGGGCAAGUUCACGUGACGGUGCGCUGAAGGUCACGUGAUGGGCGGGCGGGGCCGGAGAGAAGGAAGCGGCGGAGGAUGGCGGAGAAGUUCCAGCCCAGCGAGCACCAGCACCUGCGCUACAACCCCUUGCGUGAUGACUGGGUGCUGGUCUCAGCCCACCGCAUGCGGCGCCCGUGGCAGGGGCAGGUGGAGAAGCCACCCCAGGAGGACAUCCCGCGCUGUGAUCCGGGCAACCCUUUGUGCCCCGGAGCCAAGAGAGCCAAUGGCCAGGUGAAUCCCCACUACGAGGACACAUUUGUCUUUGACAACGACUUCCCUGCGCUGCAGCCAGAUGCCCCGGAGCCUGAUGCUGGCGACCACCCCUUGUUCCGUGCAGCGUCCGCUCGAGGCGUGUGCAAAGUGAUGUGCUUCCACCCCUGGUCUGACAUGACUCUGCCCCUCAUGUCACUUGCUGAGAUCCGCAGCGUGAUUGACAAGUGGUUGGAGAUAGCUGUGGAGCUGGGUGCCUCUUACUCCUGGGUGCAGAUCUUUGAGAACAAAGGAGCCAUGAUGGGCUGUUCCAACCCUCACCCUCACUGCCAGGUCUGGGCCAGCAAUUUCCUGCCCAAUGAAGCCUCCCUGGAGGACCGGACGCAGCAGAAGCACCUUUGCGAGCGUGGCAUCCCCAUGCUGCUUGAAUAUGCCCAGCUGGAAGCCCAGAGGAAGGAGCGGAUUGUGGUGGAGAACUCUGACUGGGUGGUGGUGGUGCCCUACUGGGCGGUGUGGCCUUUUCAGACUCUCCUGCUUCCUCGACGACGACACGUCCGUCGCCUUCAGGACCUCCAGGAUGGGGAAAGAGACAGCCUGGCUUCCAUCAUGAAGAGGCUUCUCACCAAGUAUGACAACCUCUUCCAGAUCUCCUUCCCUUACUCCAUGGGGUGGCAUGGAGCCCCAACAGGACCCUACCUUGACGCUGACUGCAGCCACUGGCAGCUUCAUGCCCAUUACUACCCACCUUUGCUGCGUUCGGCCACCGUCCGCAAGUUCAUGGUUGGCUACGAAAUGCUGGCUCAGGCUCAGAGGGAUUUGACGCCCGAGCAGGCUGCCGAGCGCUUGAGAAACCUGCCUGAAGAGCAUUAUCAGCUGAAACAAAGAGAAACUUGAUAACGCAAAAGCACAACAGGGACCUUUUGGGUUUGGGACACUUGGUUGAUCACUGUGAUUUUGGAUAAAGGGGAUCAGCGUGAAUCAUUUCUGUGGGGG